AUGACCUCAUUCCUAUUGAAAACUCUUCUGACCCUUCUCUUGGCCAUACUCGGCCUGUCCAGCGCAGCAGCACUGCCCAUGGGAACUCUCAGGGCCCGCGCUGUCGGAUUUCCAAUCAACACUGCUCUCCCCACAGGGAAAUCGACAACACCCGCCCAAACGGUCGCCUACUUUGGCCAGUUUGGCAAAUUAGGAGAGGAUAGUCUGUCGAAAUUUUGCUCGAAUACUAACGUCGAUGUGGUCGUCCUGGCGUUUGUGAAUGUGUACAAAGGCGCCGGUGGGCUUCCGGGCAUGAACCUGGGUGUUUACUGCGAUACCAGGAUCCCUGGGACAGACUUGCUCAGUUGCCCUAACAUUGGGAAGGAUAUCGCCGCCUGUCAGGCUGCUGGGAAGAAGGUACUCCUGAGUCUUGGUGGCCAGGAAGCGAAUGGUAAUUCCUUGCCAGAUGAUAACUCCGCCACAGAACUCGGAGACAACCUCUGGAAACUGUUCGGUGAAGGCAAAGGGCUGGAGAGCAAGAGGCCCUUCGGCAGUGCUUUAAUCGACGGUUUCGAUAUUGAUAACGAAAACAAGGACUCCCAAGGUUACCCAAAACUGAUCUCAACGCUGCGUGCAAACUUCAAAACCGGCACCAAAAAGUACUACAUAUCCGCGGCCCCGCAAUGUCCUAUGCCGGAUGAAUCACUCGACGAGGCCGUCUAUAAAGUAGACUACCUAUUCAUCCAGCACUACAAUAAUCCCGCCUGCCAACUCGGCAAUUUUGUCAACUCUUUCAAAGCCUGGUCCGCCAAUAUCGCCGCGCGCACCACCUGCGGGACAAAAGUCUUCGCCGGUUUUCCGGGAAGCGAAACGGCCGCCGGACAGGGCUAUGCGACGCACGACGAUAUGAAGAAAUAUGUGGCCGCGGUGCGCGGGUUGCCGAAUUUUGGUGGGGUGAUGGUUUGGGAUGGGGUCCAAGCUGCGGGGAAUGUCGUCUCUGGGAAGAGCUUUUUGCAAGCUAUGAGGGAAGCUCUCGCUUACUAG